ACUUUGUACACUCGUUUGGAUCUCUUAAACUGUAAGGAUGGUGAAGAAACCAGCCAACGGUGAAGUUUAUCACCCCCCGGCAGGGGAGAAGAAACUGAAAGUGGGCUUUGUCGGACUGGACCCCGGCGCUGCGGAGACGAGCCGAGACGGGGCACUUCUCAUCGCCGGUUCCGAGAGCACAAAACGGGGCAGCAUCCUGUGCAGACAGAGGUCCAACAUCUCCAGGGGAAGCCUAGCUCACAAACGAAACGCGCGCUAUCGGAGACUGCAAAAUUUCCUUUACAAUGCCCUCGAAAGACCCCGCGGCUGGGCAUUCAUUUACCACGCUUACGUGUUCCUGUUGGUGUUUUCCUGCCUCGUUUUGUCAGUGUUUGCAACGAUUAAAGAAUUCAAGAAGAGUUCUGAGAGUGCCUUGUACAUCCUGGAACUUGUGACAAUUGUGGUGUUUGGUGUGGAGUAUAUAGUUCGGAUCUGGGCCGCAGGAUGCUGCUGUCGUUACAGAGGAUGGAGAGGAAGACUGAGAUUUGCUCGCAAACCCUUCAGUAUCAUCGACAUCAUGGUCCUGUUUGCCUCUGUGUCUGUGCUGGCCGCUGGCUCUCAGGGGAACGUUUUUGCUACCUCAGCGAUUCGGAGUUUGAGGUUUCUUCAGAUCCUUCGGAUGUUGCGGAUGGACCGUCGUGCCGGCACAUGGAAGCUGCUGGGAUCUGUGGUCUAUGCUCACAGCAAGGAACUCAUCACAGCAUGGUAUAUUGGGUUCCUGUGUCUCAUCCUGGCAUCUUUCUUGGUGUACUCGGUGGAGAAAGAUGACAAUGCAUCGAUGUUUGAGACGUAUGCAGACGCCCUCUGGUGGGGGCUGAUCACUCUGACAACAAUUGGCUAUGGAGACAAGUAUCCUGUCACAUGGAAUGGACGCUUGAUCGCUGCCACCUUUAGUUUGAUCGGAGUAGCUUUUUUUGCUCUUCCCGCGGGUAUCCUUGGAUCGGGAUUUGCUCUUAAGGUUCAAGAGCAGCACAGACAGAAGCAUUUCGAGAAGCGCCGUAACCCUGCUGCAGGUCUUAUUCAGGCUGCAUGGAGAUUUUAUGCCACAAAUCUCUCACGCACAGACCUGGUGGCCACAUGGGAUUUUUACGAGCAGAAUGUGUCUGUCCCAAUGUACAGACUCAUACCUCCUGUCAAUCAAUUGGACAUUUUAAGGAGUCUGAAGGGAAGAACUACAUUCAGGAAAGACUCGCAAGUGGAUUUUACUCCAAGUAGUGACGUAUCACACAAAGACACCCUCUGUGGGUGCUGCCCGAGAAGCCAUAGUCGUAAAACCAGUUUAAAAGAGAAAGGCUGCCCAAGCCCCUCUAAAACCCCCGGGGGCAAAGACACAAAGACCCUCAAGAAAGAGGACGGAGUCAAAGAGAGUCCAAGCAAAGUGACCAAGAGCUGGAGCUUCACAGACCGGAACCGACAAAAACAGUCUACCCGGCAAAACUCUGAGGCGAUUGAGGGCUUAAUCAAGGCAAGUCUUCCAGAUGAGCUUGGGGAUGAGAGGGAUUUCAACUGCGAGUUUGUGCCGGACCUUUCUCCUGGACUUAAAGUCACCAUCAGAGCAAUCUGUAUUAUGCGGUUCCUGGUGUCAAAGAGGAGAUUUAAGGAGAGCCUAAGGCCCUAUGACGUGAUGGAUGUGAUUGAACAGUAUUCAGCAGGUCAUCUGGACAUGCUGUCACGAAUCAAAAACCUUCAGUCCAGAGUGGAUCAGAUUGUGGGAAAAGGAGCUGCGACAGGAGAGAAGGACAAGCCCAAAAGUGAUGCGGAGGUGACUGAAGACCCGAGCAUGAUGGGACGUCUAAACAAGAUGGAAAAACAGGUGGGCGCGAUGGACCUCAAACUCAACUUUUUGGUCGGUGUGUAUACCACACACAUGGGCAUCCCACGUUCUGAAACCGAAGCCCUUCUGGGAUUUAAAAUAAAUUAUCCUGCACCUCCCUACCACAGCCCAGAGGAUAAGAGUGAAAAAGUGGCGAACGAAAAUGAGGAGGAGAAUAAUAAUAAGAGCGUGUCCCCCGUUAAACUUGGCUCUGAUGGGACCCCCACUGACAGCCGGUGUCGACCCUCUACCUCAUGGCAUCAGCAAGAAGAGCAUCCUCUCAGCGUGCCUCUCUGGAACAACAGCCGAGGAGUGUCCCCGAUAGACGACCCCUCGCUGUACCGCAUCCCACCUCCACCGUUCCACGAGAGCGGAGACAACAGCCGGUCCCGCAGGCCCAGGAGACCAAGGCAGCAGGCAGCCCCAGAGAGCGACACGUCCCUCUCUAUACCUUCAGUGGACCAUGAGGAACUAGAGCGCUCGUUUAGCGGUUUCAGCAUUUCUCAGGCCAGAGAAGAGGAUUACGUACCUUCAGUGGGUCCGGGGAUGUUUGGGGGUGGUGGAGGGGGAACGCUCUGCACCCGUCUUAGGCCUUACCUGGCUGAGGGGGAGUCAGAUACAGACUCCGACCUGUAUACACCUGGAGCACCAUCACCUCUUUCGUUUACAGGGGAGGUUCCUUUCGGUGACCGGGUAUGGCCCAGUUUCAAGUAAUUUGGAGUUUUGAAUGUGUG